UUUAUAUUCAUUUUGAUUUUCUCUUUUUUCAACUUUCUCUUUCUUCUUCACCGAUUCUUCCAGAGCUGCAAGAGACAGACAGACAGAGAGAGAGAGAGAAAAUCAAUUCCUCAUAAUUGGAACGAAUUGUUUUCUCUCUUGAUUUUGACUUCACAUUGAUUUACCCGUUCACCUCCUCACAAUCACGGCUUCAGAUUCUCUUUUGUUCAUUUGUUUUUUUGUCUCAGAUUACGCGAGAAAAUUCUCAUCACUCUCUCACAUUAUCUGCAAAGAUCACUGCUUUGAGAUUUUGCAGGUUCAUCUUCUGUUUUUUUUUUUUUUUCUCCGUUCAUCUUAGUCUUUUGCUUCGCAAAGUGAAAACUUUUCCGGCUCCGGUCACUGGCCGGCGAUCUUUUUCCCGGUUGCCGUGAAGACUAAGUUUGAAAGGGUUGGAGUUUUUCUUCAGCCAAACGCCAUUGAUUCUUCUAUAAAAGGAAAAAAGAAAGUUGAAGUUUUCAGUUUCUCUCUCUUGGAAACUUAAAAAGCUAUUUUUUUUUUUUGGGUUUUUUCUCUGUUUUUGUCUCUCUUUUUCUACGCGUGGCUGUGGGGAUUAUACUCAUGGAAUGCCGGGGUCAAAGGUUUCUAUAACAAGGCCAUUGGGUCGUUGAGAUUUCUGUCACAGGAUCAAAGUUAUCAGAGAUCUAAGCCUCUCUUUCUCUCUCUCUCUCUCUGGUUUUGGAUUCACACAAGACAGCUUUUUUGUUGCAGAAUUGUGAAAGAGAAACAUUGAAGAUGAUGAAGAUGAGGAACAUGAAAAAUGGGGUUUCCGCUAUGAAUGGAAGCUCAGGUGGUGCGGGAAAUGAGCCACGGGCAAUGGAUUGGGAGAUGAGACCAGGAGGAAUGCUGGUUCAGCGUCGAACCGCUGACUCGGAUCGGAACUCGGUACCGGCACCGACAAUUAGAGUUCGGGUUAAAUAUGGGUUAACCUACCACGAAGUCAACAUUAGUUCUCAAGCUACAUUUGGGGAACUGAAGAAAAUGCUGUCUGGGCCAACUGGGUUAGACCACCAAGACCAAAAGCUAUUUUAUAAAGACAAGGAGAGGGAUUCAAAGGCGUUUCUUGACAUGGUCGGUGUUAAAGACAAAUCCAAGAUAGUGCUGAUGGAGGACCCUCUUAGUCAAGAGAAGAGGUACUUGGAAAUGAGGAAGAAUGUAAAGAUGGAGAGAGCUGCAAAAUCUAUCUCAGAAAUCAGCUUGGAAGUAGAUAGGCUUGCAGGGCAGGUGUCUGUUCUUGAAUCAAUAAUUAGUAAAGGUGGAAAAGUUGCGGAUACAGAUGUGCUUAGUUUGAUUGAGCUAUUGAUGAAUCAAAUGCUUAAGUUGGAUGGUGUUAUGGCUGAUGGAGAUGUUAAACUCCAGAGGAAAAUUCAGGUUAAGAGAGUUCAAAAGUAUGUUGAAACUCUGGAUGUGUUGAAAAUUAAGAAUUCUAUGCCAAGUACUAAUGGUGGUCAUGCCCCAAAGAAAACUCGAGAAAAGCAUUCAAAUGUGCAAAGACUCGCACCAAUUCAAGAGCAACCAAAAAGCAUGUCAAAUGGGCAUCAUAGAUUAUCUCCAAUUCAGGAGCAAGACCAACAACAAACAAGGAACUCAACCGGGAAUUCUCUAGUAUUUCAGAAUCAGCCGCAACACCAUCAACAGCCCUCAAGGCAUUCUGCUUCAGAAGUAGUGGUUACCACAAAAUGGGAGACAUUUGAUUCUCUACCUCCAUUAAUUCCAGUCACUUCCACAUCGACAACCACAUCCAGCUCAGGGACCAAUAAUUCAGUUCAUCCCAAGUUCAACUGGGAAUUCUUCGACUAAAUAACAUACCACGUGUUUGUAAGUUGUGUGGAUGUGAUUUGGGUUUGUCUUCAACUUGGAGUGUUAUAUCUUAUACAUUCUUUUCUGUAUUUAGAUUUGUCUAGCAACCCCUUUUAUUAGUCUGUCACUUACUUCACCCGAAAUAAACGGGGUUGUUAUGAUAUUAAUUAUCAUAAAACAGGUCAUUUUUUUUGUUAUGAUUUUGGUAUUCUCUGAAUUCAUUUACCAUAUUUAUGGUC